AAUAACGGACGGAGACGGGACCGACGCUGCCGUAAAUUCGCGCGUCGCGGCGCCCUUUUUUAAAUUAAAAAAAUCACAUUCGGACGUACGCGUUCGAUUUUCGCCCUCUCGUCUCAACCCAUCCCCAAGCUACCCUUAUUACCCUCGAAAAGCCCGCGCGUUCGGAUGAAAUUUGAACUUUUCGCUACUGCCCGGUGUCCGGUGGCAUGUUUUUUGGAUUAUCACCUUAAAACCUAUCGCACGAUAACAAUGGAAUUGGACGGUGCCUCCGGAACAUGAUACCAUGUAACCUGCACAAACUUAAACACAACAGAGUCAAAUUUAAAUAAAAAAAACAUUCCUUAUCUUGGCCUUAACUCCAAAAUCCGAAGCAAUACCUGAGACUAACCCAUUAAUUAUGUCUAAGAAACUUAUACUUAUUAUAGACCUAGAUACUAUAAUCGUUUCGAAUUGCAUAAGGUCCCCUUAUACCGAUAGAAUAUGAACGAAUAUCUAAAAUUUCAUUUUCCCAUAACCCUUUUGAUCCAACAAUAAAAUGUCACAUCUAGAAGUGACUCCCUUAAAAAUAAUCUUAAUCUUGGCCGCCCUCUUUGUCCAAGUGAACGCGUUAGAAAGAGACGCACACCGCCGACCCGUCCAACAGGGCAAACUGUAUUUCGCGAUCGCCGUGUCCAGUUCGGGGGGCCAAACGUUCGGUCGGGCCUUUAAUAAAACGUUAACGAACAUUACGCAGAAUCACCUCUACGGUACUUUGAAGAAAUUCAGUUACAAUAUCAGUUUGGAACCGCUGGUUAUCGAACUGCCGGAAAACGGGAGUUUUAGCAGCACGUUACUGGAGAACGUUUGCGGUACGUUCGAGGGUAAACAUGUCGUUGCCGUGUUGAUUGUCGGUUCUUCGCCGGCGGCUUUUACCGUCAGUUUGACGGCCCGACAUGCGGGCAUUCCCGUGCUUUGGGCAAGGGGACAAAGCGAGGUUUUACCUGGAUUUAGGACUCUGGAAAGCAGCCCCUUGGAAGUUCAUCUCGCCCCCACCGGGUUGGAGUUGGUGCAGGCGUUACGUGGUCUUCUUCUGCAGGCCCACUGGCACACAUUUACCCUUUUGGCCGAUCCAUCGUCGGCAACUUCUUUGAGGAGCACCGAGUUAUGGAAAGUCCUUCAAGCGCCACCCCUUCGUCCCACUUUGGUGGCCUUACCGAACCCUUUGAGGCCUCAAAGUCUGUUUAGAAAACUGGCAGACAUAUCCAGAUCAACGCGUGGCGUGGUGAUAUUAUGCAGCGACAGCCCGAGUGCAAUCCGCAUAUUAGAAGACGCGAAACGUCUGAACAUGAUGGACGGCCAUUUCGUCUGGAUCUGGAUCGACACCGAUAGUUCCAUUAAUAUCCAUAACGCGUCCGACGAGGACCUCUUUGAACGUGCCCCCACUAAACCCCACCACCUCGACAAACGAAGUGCUUUCUUACACGGUGAUAUUAACGAGAUGCACAUAAAUUAUUUAUUGCGAAACGAUCAUUUUCUUUUGUUGAACCGUAAUAAUAACGGUCCUUCGAGCGUAGCAAUUUCUAAAUUACACCGCAAGGGGGCGGCGGCGGGUCCGCCCCCCUCGCGAAUUAGUUUUAGUGUUAAGAGUGAACGAGCUAAAAGUGAUUUUUUACCCGCGGGGUUACUUAGUCUUAAGCCGGUGCCUGUCAAAGUUGACAGACAUUUAGUUAAGGGGGCGGUACGACUGUUGAUGGCCACUCUGAAGUCGGUGUUGGCCGCCUCACCCGCGUGGGCGGUACAGAAAGUUGCUACUAAUAAGUUCGCUACCAGCUGCUGGGAGGACGUGCAGAAGGAUCUUAGUUUUUCUUCUGAUUUUGGAAGGAAUCUAAAGUUGGCCUGUACGGAGGCCUUGUCGGGCAUCAAAAAUUCACAAGAAAUUGGCGUUGACAAAGUGGACAAAUCAUUAGUUGCGAAUUUCGAAAUACUUAAUUUAGUUCCUGAACGUAGCAUUAACAAUAAUACAACAGAUAAUAUACCUCAGACAUCAAAUACAUUAAAAUGGAAAAGGGUCGGGUUCGUAUCGGGUCGUAACGUCCGUCUGGAUACAAUUAUUUGGCCAGGGGGUGACUUAUCGGUUGCCGCAGUUUCCGUAAGAGCCCGAACGGUUUUUCGGGUGGUUACGGCCCUGGCUCCGCCGUUCGUUAUGGAAAGUGAGCUGGACGAAGAUGGGCAGUGCCUUAGAGGUCUUCCUUGCCACAGGGUGUUGACUUCGGAUAAAGAUAAUUUAACUUUAGUUUUUAAUGAAAUGCAAAGACUGGAAGAGGAGGAGGAGGAGCAGGAGGAUGAGGAGGAACAGGAGCAGAUCAACGAGGAGAGCGCCGACUACGACGAGUACGGGCGCUACGGGCGCGACUACGACGAGGAAAAGAACUUUUUUCCGUUCCAGAAGUUUAAGUAUCGCACGAACUGUUGCUACGGAUUGUCGAUGGAUUUAUUAGAAAAUAUCGCCCAAGAGUUAGAGUUUGAUUUUAGGUUAUACAUCGUGGCGGACGGUCUGUUCGGCUCCAGAAUUCCAAUGGGCCAACAAACCGAUCACCAAAGGGUCAAAAGGGACGUGGGCAAAAAGUUCCUCAGUUACAGAUUUAAAGGCGAAGUAAUAAAAAGCCAACGGAUCAAAGAAGAAAAGUACGGGGCAAACGCCAAAUGGAACGGGAUAGUGGGCGAUUUAGUGAGUGGGGCCGCCCAUAUGUCCUUCGCCGCCCUGAGCGUCUCUAGUGCUCGCUCCGAAGUGAUCGACUUUAGUGCCCCCUAUUUUUUUAGCGGGGUGUCUUUUUUAGCCUCGCCCCAACAGAGGUCCGAGAUACCACUGUUGGCCUUCUUGUUACCUUUCAGCUUUGAACUGUGGCUGGCCAUUUUAAUCAGCCUGAACAUAACGGCAAUAGCGGUGGCGAUAUACGAGUGGCUCUCGCCCUUUGGAUUGAACCCCUGGGGGCGUCAAAGGUCGAAGAAUUUCAGCAUGAGUUCCGCCCUGUGGGUGAUGUGGGGCCUGUUGUGCGGUCACCUGGUGGCUUUUAAGGCUCCCAAAAGUUGGCCGAAUAAGUUUUUGAUUAACGUGUGGGGCGGCUUUUCAGUGAUCUUCGUUGCUAGUUACACUGCUAACAUCGCGGCCCUGAUUGCCGGAUUGUUCUUUCAAAAUACCGUUAGUAAUUACCACGAUCGGAGUCUAUUAAGCCAACGUGUGGGAACACCGAAAUCGUCAGCAGCAGAAUAUUACGUGCAAAAGGCGAAUCAAAUGCUUUGGCAACACAUGAGCAAAUAUUCUCUGGAAAAUGCCGAGGAAGGAGUGGAGAGAUUAAGGAAUGGUUCCUUGGAUAUGUUAAUAGCAGACACCCCUAUAUUGGACUAUUAUAGGGCGACAGAUCAUGGUUGUAAAUUGCAAAAAAUUGGCGACACUAUUAACGAGGAUACGUACGCUAUCGGGAUGACAAAGGGGUUUCCUUUAAAGGAUAGUAUAUCUGCAGUCAUAGCAAAAUACUCCUCAAACGGCUACAUGGACAUUUUACAAGAAAAAUGGUAUGGAGGCCUGCCUUGCUUCAAAUUAGCCCAGGAAAUAGCCCAACCGCGCCCUUUGGGCGUGGCAGCGGUCACCGGGGUAUUCAUUUUACUCGGAAUGGGAAUUGUGAUUGGGCUAGUCACCCUUACAGUGGAACAUUUAUUUUUCAAAUAUGCCUUGCCAAUGUUAAGAGAUAAACCUAAAGAAAGCAUCUGGAGAAGCAGAAAUAUUAUGUUCUUCAGCCAAAAACUUUAUCGGUUUAUUAACUGCGUGGAGCUGGUGUCACCGCAUCAUGCUGCAAGGGAACUGGUUCACACUAUCCGACAAGGACAAAUUACCAGUUUGUUCCAGAAGAGCAUUAAGAGGAAGGAACACGAACAACGUCGCCGUAGAAAAAGUAAAGCGCAAUUCUUCGAGAUGAUUCAGGAGAUUCGCAGAAGAAAUAUGUUACCGCUCAAAAAUAGUAAUAUCCGUAGGCAGCAGCAGCAGCAGGAGGAGAACCAGACGCAUUUGCAGAGUGUUACGGAAGUCGAUUCCGAAUACAAUCUUAGUCCGGAGGAGAAAAAGUCGAAAUUGAGCCCGAGCAUCUUGAAAAGAACUUUUAUGAGAGGGGAUCCGGACAAGAAAAUAAAAUCGCCGACUGGUCUAUUCGGAAAACAGCUUUUUAGUCCUCGCAGUAACAAGGCGAAAAGCUCCACCGCCCUCAACGUACGGAGAUUCAGUACAGACAGCGUAUUUAACUCGCAAACAGCUUUGACAGAUAGAAGUGCCACAAUCGGGCGUAGGCUCAGCAAAGACGCUUCAGCGUUUCUCAGCAGUUCACCGCCAGAUAUAAAUAGCCGAAGAUCCAGUUAUUUGGAUGUUAUUAGUACAGGAAGUAAAUUAUCUGGUAAGGGUAAAAGUCCGGUUCUUUCGAUCGAAAACAUCUCGGAUUGCGGAUCGACAAAGUCGGCGGAACCCUCGAUCCGGAAACUUUCCGACUGCGAAAGUAUCGGGAAAAAACUGGCGACUUUACCGAAGUAUCAAGGAUCUUUCGAUAAAACGAAGUUGCAACCCCAGUACAGUCUGACGUUGGGUAAAAGUGACGAGACUUUAACGAACGUCGAGAGGGUGCAUCCCCCAGUGGCGGCCGCCAAAAGUUUUAAUAGCAUCGACGGUUUGGAUCGUGCCAAGUGUGAGGAGGAGGUGGAGUUUGCCAAGAGAAGUAAGGAGACCAUUGUACAGUUGCAGGAAAAACUCAAAAAUAAAUCAAAAAAAUCGCGGAGCCUGGACAACAACAAACCCACCCACAGUCCAAACCCCCAAAUAAGAAUCCAAGUGGAAGACGCCGAUAGUAGCGAGAAAAUCACCCCCAAAAGAAACCCCCCUUUGGCAAAAACAAUCCGAAGCAAAUCAAGACAUCAAAGUUUAGGAGACCACCAAAACCCUUUGGACCCAUUGGACCACGUUAGAAGAACAAAACUACACGAGCAAUCAAAAUCGUUGGAUAGUGCAACUUCAAGGAUACGUUCAAGGUCAAGAUCUAGAUCCAGAUCGAGACAAAUGACUGUGGAAGAUGAUUUACCGCCGGCACCCCCGCCCCCCAAUUGUUCGCCCCGUAAUUCCGACGGAGGUAAAUCCCCUCUGGACAGAUUAUCGAAAGACGACCUGGUGAAACUCUGGAGAAGUUCAGAAUCCGAACUGAGAAGUCAUUUAUUGAAAGCGAUAAGGGACAAAGAGGAACCGUCUGAUCCCACUUGAAUACCCCGCUGGUACUUUAGGGCGUUUUUAACAAUUGAAAGCGGUGGCGGUCCUUCGAGUGGAUGAUUUUUUGAGGAAAGUUUUAGUCAAAAAUAUUGUACCGUCAAACUGGAUAAACUUAGACUUCCAGUUUUUAUAGAUUCGAUCGGUACUUAAAUUAUAAAGGCCUUAGACUGUACAGUGAUAUUUUUAAAAUGUGACCAUUUUAACGUUAUUCCUUCGGACUAUCGAUUCGGUUCGUAGUCGAUACUUUUCCAUUUUCUAGAUUAAAUUUACUUUAAAUGGUAAUAAGAUAUACUGCCAAAUUUUAAAUUUAGAAGUUACUUAAUGAUAAACACAAAAGUCUUAUGCAUUAUACUUACCUGUUGUCCUUGUUUUUCUUUGUAACUUUCUGGCUAUCUAACGGAGAUGUCGAGUGACUGGAAAAAAAAAAAAUAUUGGGUGACACAGGAUAAAAAAAUGCAUUUUUUAGCCAUAGAAUCAGGGCAUACUUAAUAAUUGAGCCACUAGAUGUCUCAUAUUAUAAUUAAUUAAACUGCAAAAUUCACAAAAAGUUACGCCUUUAAUUGAGCAAAAAUAUUUUCAUAAAAAUUUGUUAUAUACUUAUACAAUAUAUUUGUAAUAUAUAUCUUAUAAUUAGGUAAUUAAUAAAAAUUUCUUAUCUCGAGCACAUAAUUAUAUUUUUAAUAAUUUAAUUUAUUAAAUAUCA